AUGAGAGCUGGGCAAUGGCAACAGGCCCUGAGUUUGUUUCGUUCAAUGCGUUCGAUGCGUUCGACGGAUGCUCUGGGCUAUUCCUUGGGCGUCAGCGCUGCCGAGCGUUUGACACGGUGGGCUGAAGCACUCAGCCUGCUGGAGGCAAUCUGGCAUAAUGAGCUACCUUUGAGUCGAAGGAGCUACAACGCCUGCCUGAGCGGCUGUGGAAAGAGCAGUGAAUGGCGCAAGACCUUGAGGCUGCUGAGUGGCAUGGCUUCCUCUCAUUUGCAACCCGACGUGAUCAGCUUCAGCUCGGCGAUCAGUUCCUGUGAGAGGGCUGCUGCAUGGCAACAUGCUGUCAGAGUCUUUGACCAGAUGCUCCAAGCCCAGAUCCAAGCUGAUGCUCUCAGCUACUCUGCUGUCAUCAGCGCUUGUGAGAAGGGUGGCCACUGGCAACAUGCAUUGAUUUUCUCCAUCAACGCCAGCAGUACCGAAAAAGAAAAAAUUCCUUCAGACGUCCUCUCUUCGUGUGCUGAAGGUCAAACCUUGCCGAGCGCUUGGUCAAACCAGGUUGAUCAGUUGGAAGCACAGAGGGUCACCAAGGCGCUGGUCGAGCAGCCCAGUCCAAGCACAGGCGAUUCCAGCGAGGCCAACGAGCGCUCCGCAUCCUCGAGCAGUCGAGGAGAAGAGCUUAGCUGCGCUGAACGCGAGGCAUGGCAAUGA